GACGUUUCGCCUGGCAGCGGAAAACAAUUGAACGUUCAUGCAAAUUCUGUUCGAUUCGUUUACGCAAAACAUUACGUCUAUUCCUCUCUGGUCAUGUGCGAGGUUUUACUGAUGCGUGAAAGUUAUGGCGGUCGGCUGGCAUUGAAGCAAAUGAAGAUCCCACCAGAAAUCGUUUACUCUUUGGACAUGAAUGGAUUUGAAAUUGGUGAAGAAAAUUUUCACGGUGAUAAAGAUGUAAAUGGAGAGGAUUGUGACGGAUUUGAACGGGAUUUUCACUGUAAUGCGUCAGACGAAGACGGAGAAAUUUUCGCCGAAAAUGACGGAACCGAUGAUGUUUAUCGGCAGUUAGCGCAAAAGGAAAAGGACCUUCUCUUGGCUGCAGAACUUGGGAAAGCUUUGUUGGAGAAGAACGAAGAGCUUAGUCAGAAGUAUGAGUUAUUACAGGAAGAAUAUUCCCAAGCAGCUGAAGCACUGGAACAAGAUAAAUAUGAGCUAAAACUGAAAGUGGAACGUUUGCAAAACGGGAGCGAUUCGAGAGUUCACGAACUGCAAGCAGAUUUGAGAACGCUGCGAAAUGAAUUGAAAACACUCCAGUCGGACACGAACAACGACAAACAAAACAAGAGAGAAACGUUCGCCGGACUCACGGAAGAGAAUGAACAACUUCAUCUGGAUCUUCAAAAGGCAAAGGGGGAGAAUGAACAGCUUCGGAGAGAUGUUGUCCUUCUUAAGAAACAAGUCAGCAGAAAAAUUAGCUUUGAUGAUGAUCAAGAGAAUGAAAUUGAUGAGCUCUGGGAGAAGCUCACAAAGCUAGAAGAGGAGAAUGCAAGCCUGACAAAAACAGUGGCUGAUCUUGAAGCAAAUAAGGAAAACCUCAGCAAAGAAGUGGAGGAGCUGACAGCAAAGAAUCUUUCUUUAGAGAAAAAACUUACCUCAAGCAAGAGUCAGCUUGCAAAUUGCGAAGAAGAACUCAACGAGUCCAAGGACCUCAAUGUAUUCCUUCAGGAGCAGAUGGAUGAGAUGAAGAUGCAGGCAUCAGUAGAUCACUUGUCCAGGACGUCGCUAUUUUCCGAGCUUUCCGAUCUGUCUGUGACAGGAAUAGAUGACAGUGAUGACCACAAAGAUAAUGAAGCGAACGGGCCAAAAACGAUGGGAACCGGACCAAGACCUAUUGCCAGUAUUCACGGUACGCCGAAGCCGUUACAGGCGUCUUCGUCAGUGGGCUUGGGGCAGAGUUCUAAGAAGCGUCAUCGGCCAUACAGUAGUAUCAGCAGUAGCGAGUCUGAGGACAGUGAUCUGGAAUACGACGAGGAGGAAAUCGAGGGUGGCAUGGUGGCGAGACAUAGAGAUUUUUAUGCCCAGCUUGAAGAAGAGGAGAAAACCAACUCUAAGCUGAAAAAGGAGAUUUGCGAAGCGCACGAGGAAUUACGAGCCCUGUACGUAGAGCUCCGAAGUUCUCACGAGAGCUUGGAUUCGGUUGAGGUGGAUGUUUUAGAGCCCACUUCAGAUUUCAAUCCUGGUUGCCUGACGACUUUUGUGAAGAGUUUUAGAGGGGUUUUAGAAGAAAUGGUCAGCGAUAACAGCACCAGAACUACGGAUCUCAGACAACAGCUAUGGAAAGCCCACGAAAGCAUCAACAGUCUGGAACAAGAUCUUGAGGCGGCGAAAUCAGAAUUGAAGAAGAGAGAGGGAGAAAUUGCCAACUUGAAGGAAACACUGAAUGAGAAGGACCUGGAAAUUACUAAUGUAAAAGAACAAAGGAACAAAUUAGCUAGAGGGGAAUGCAAAGAACAGUUGGCGUUCGAUAUCAUGUACAACGAAGCUGUUCUAGAAAAGAUAAACGCAGUGGAAAGGGAGAAGAGAAUAGCCACGGAAUUAAUGCGGUCCAAAGAAGAUCGAGAAGAACUUGACAAACAGCUCAAAGAGGCAAUUGAGCAGAAGAUUAGUCUUUCGAAACAGCUUGAAGACUGGCAGUUUGACAUGGCAUCGCUAAUAGACGACCAGGUACAGAGGCAGAUGAAAUCAGCUGCCAAGGAACACGAGGUCAACACUAGGAGGCGAAGAAUGACGGCGUUUGCUCACCCAAAACGGUGGUAUUGGAACAGUGGGAGCAGUAGACGACCUAGUGUGUUAUGAUGCAAAUUCAGACAACUGUGGAUAGUUUAGUAUCGUCAUUACAUUCCCUCAUCGCCGUUGAACAUACUUCCAGAAAGGAAAAUUAACUCAAGAUCGCUAAUUACAUCGCAAAACGGUUUGUCUUAUAGCCUCGUUCCCGUGUGAGUUGCUGAAGGGCUGGACUCUAAGGUGGACCUCCGGGUGAAGGAACAUGUUGUCUAGACCUUCCCAGAUUUCGUUCCCGAAAUAUGCUCUUUCGUGUUAACGAUCUAUUUCUCUUUGGCUAUUUUUUCUCACCGAAAUCCUAAACGGUUGAUGUAUCAGUUAAAAUCUGUACAUUUUUCUUUAAAUUGUGUUGAUAGGAAAUCCGCCAUGUUGAGGGUUAAAAUGGGUAUCCCCCGUGUGGCUUCUUACAAAUUGGACAUUUCGGGGGUGAAUGGCAAGGCAACGAUCCAAUGAGAUUCUUCCUCUUAUUUUGUCUUUUCAUCUCACUUGUACAGUAGAAUGUGUAAUUUAAUUUACAGAAUGCCAUAAUAGUAAUAGUAAUAUUAUUAAGAUAACGAAGGUGAAUUGAUAACACCAUUACGUGGAAUUAUAUGAUAUUCUUUGGAAAGUUUACGUUCCAUAUUCUUACACCCAAGAGUAAAUUUUUAAAGUUCAAUAUAUUUAUUUUCCAAACGAUCCUGUUCCACGAGUAUACACUCAAAUAUUUGGCGGUGUAUGCGUGUAGAUUCAUUGACAAAUUUAAUUUAUCUCCAAGAAUCAUACUUAGCUUUCAGUGAAUGUAAACCUCUCUUUGUAUGAGGACUCGAAGAUUUUAAAUCCGGUAUUGGCGAGUCGUUUUCUAUACUGAGGUGAUAGUUGUUUGUUUUUUUGCCAAUAAUGAGAGUUGUUAUUUGAGAUUUCUUCUUCAUGGGAGCAACCUAUAGAGACGUUGCGCAAACGAGAUAAACCAAAAAGGUCUGAAAAAGAAUAAUGUAAAUUUCUUGCCAAAUUAUGGUUGUUAAUUUUUGUGGGAAACGCCUGUGGAGAUGAUCUAUCGAUUAAUAGAUUAAUUAAUAAUUAAUGUCUCUUGAAGGUAAAUCUUAUUUCAAAUUACUUAAUGUAAUCGCUUCAUUUUGGUAGCAAAAUUUUUCGACUAAGGCGCUAACUUGCUGUUUUGUUUGUUUUUUUUUUGUUGUUGUUAUUAACUAUUUAAAACUAUUUUAGAACCUGUGACGCAACGUUUGAAAACUAACAAUGCGCGUGAAAAUACAGUCAAUCGAUCGAUCGUUCGUUCAGAAGAGUGUAAAUGAAAUCUUUGAAAGGUUUAUGGUCUUGAACAACUUAGUUUUAUCGAUAGAGGUAAAGAAUAAAGGAGUAUUUUGACAGUGAA